UGAACGUUUAACGUGGCGGACGUGUAUUUUCAAAACUUUUGUUCCUCAUAAAGUUUUAAAAUUUGUCUAAAGGCAGCAGCGAGCGAACGAGCGGAUUGAUUGUAUUGAAGACAUUUUUUUUUGAAAAAUUAAAGAAUAAUUCUAAAAUAUCUGUACAUAUAUGGCGGUGUUUUACAAAUUAUACAGAAAAUUUGAAAAAUAUUAUGAAAAUUUAACUUGGAAUAUAUAAAAUUUCGAGAAGUUUUCUAUAUAAAUGUUCCAAUGUCCUGAUCUAAAUAUUAUUAUUCGAAUAUUUUUCAAACAAUGGAUAAACUACAUGUUGAUAGAGCCCAAAUGAAUACACCGUCCUCAUCAUCUGCCACUACACCCACUUCACGUCCAGCAUCACGACGUACUUCAACAAUCAUUCCGCGAGAAUCGCUACCUACACCGCCACCAGAUCCCCGAGAAGCCCUGGCAAGAAAUUCUCAAAUCGAAAAUGUUUUCGUUUAUCCACCAACGAAAAAGGAUUUACCCAGUGAAUUUCAUGGUCUACUUAACUAUGCUGAACGUCAAGAGGAAUUUCAAAAAAUGUUGAACAGAACUAUAGCAAAUGAUUGUCAGAAUUUCCAUAAUACCAAUCAAACCAUGUCAAAUGAACGGAAAGGUUCACGAGAUGAAGAUAAUAAACAACGUCAACAUCAGUGCCAAUGUUGUGAUAGAAUACGUAAGGAAUGCGAAGAAUCCAUAGAGCCAUUACAAUAUCGUUUGACUUCGACAAUAACAGCUGCUUUGGCUGCUUACGGAGCCAUUGAACAAUUGAAUCGUAUGUACACUAUGUAUGAUCAAUAUUUGUCCCUGGAAAGAGAUAUGUCUCAGCGUAAGGAGUGUCUACGUUAUGUUAGAACAUUGGAACGUAAGUUUGAGCAUCCAAAACCUGUGGAUAAACCACCAUUAGUAACAACAUUUUCCGAUCAGGAAAUUGAUCAUCAAGAUAUGGAACAAUCUAUAGCUUUGCUAGAGACCAUACUAAAACCUGAACAAAUUGGACAACCUCAUCAUCAUCAUCAACAGCAAAAUCAACCAAAGCUGCAGGAUAUUAAGCAACAACGUGAACGCAGCAAAUCUUUUAUGAUUGAGGAUAUGUCUAGUAUGCGCGGUGAUCGUGAUACUUCUAAGAGUAAUGCAGGUCAUCUAUUGCGACGUCAAAGUACUUAUAGUGAUAGUAAAUCUAAAGUAUCAAAAUGGACCAAAGUUAAAGCUGCCUUUAAAUGGGAAAGAGCAAAUGUACCCGCCUUACUUGAGGGCUCUCGUGAUAGCAUUGGACUUACCCCCAAUAAUACAGAAGUGGCGAGAUAUUUGCGUGUACCAUCAUUACCUUGCGGUACCAGUUCGGCUGAUAGCAUUUUAAGUUCAUCAUCUGGUCAUCUACUUAGUGAUGCCGGUACACCGGGUACCAUCAGUUCGGCAAGUUCAAUGGAUGAUAUUGAUAACGCCUGUGGCAUGAGAAGAGAUUCUUCAAAAAGUGAUAUACUAGAGGCGCAGGGUGAAAGAUCUGCAUCACAACCACAACUACAAGAAUCAAAAUCUCCGGAUAGUUUAAUAGCGACCACACCAUCGGAUUUGAAUAGCAGUGGCAUUGCUAGUAAAUCAUCAUCGAAUAAGUCUAUACGUAAAUGCAAAUUGGUGCCUGAUUUUGAAGUACUGCCCGAAGAUGUUGAGGUUGUUAUACCGCCUGGUAAUAAGCGCAAAAAUCGUACUCCUCCUAGCCCUUUAAAUUUGAAUUUGAAACAGGAUCUUACUGACUCGGAUCAUCAAUAUUACACUUCACCUCAUCUAUUAAAAGCCAGUCCACAAGAUGGUACACAAUCAUUAAAUCGUACGUUUAGAAAAAUUUCAUCGCCAGUCAAUUCAUCUGUACCCUCAAGUCCUUCCCGGCAUUCUGAUUUCUUUGCAGAAUACGAAUGUGAAGAUGUUUCUAGUGGGGAUUUUUCUGAACCUAACUCCCCCAAUCAUUUGACUAAUCGCAAAAGUUAUGAACUGCAACAGGAUGAAAUAAAUAGACGUUAUCAGAUCUUAAGAGCUAAAUUGGAUAAAGAAUUUGAGAAUAAGCGCAAAGAAUGGCAGAAACUAAAAUCAAAUAGAGCUAUGGCUUUAGUAGCUGUACCCAGACCUCCCGAACCUAUAUCGCCGAACCCCUCGGCUAUUAGCAGUAAUAUAUCGACCAAACUUUUAGAAGAGAAUCUUACACCUGAUUUCAAGAAGAAAUUACAAAAAUGGCGUGUUAAGAAACAAGCUUCUAUAGGUGGCAUACAACCGGCCGCACCAAUGUCUCCUACUAUACCUAAAGAUCCGAAUACAAAGAUUGAUUGGCAUUUGUGGAAAACGGGCCAGUUGAAAUUAGAAGGCCAGGGAUUAAGUCCACUGCCUGAUCAAAAGGAUUUACCCGAAGAUUUCCAAAAGAAAUUGGAACAAUGGAAUAAAAUAAAACGUGGUGGAUCUUCAACAAGUUGCACAGAUUCUCUGAAACGUACCUAUAAACAUGGUGGAUCGGGUAAGAAAGGAGAAUCAGAUGAUGACCGCGCUGGUGAUAAGGAUAAGCGUAUAGAUAAACACAAGCCCCACGAUAAAGAAAAGUCCGAAAGAUUAGCCAAACUAAAGGCCAUUGUAAGUGAACAUCCUGCCAAGGAAAUUGAAGUAAAAACCUCUGCGGGUGUUAUGAAAUUUGAGGGUAUUUCUCGCAAAUUCACACGUAAACUUUAUGAAUGGGAAAAAGCGAGAGGCAUAGGACCAGAAUCAUCUACAUUUGCUUUGCUGCAUCCCGGUUAUUGUCCAAUUGAUGUUAAACGCAUUUCAAAAGAGUCACAUAAUCAUGAAAACUCUCCCACACUUAGUCGUUCCCUAUCAUUGGACAGUAUUUCGCCUAGUAUUGCUUUGCCAGUUAUUUCCCAACAGGCCUCCAGUCUAUCGUUGAAUGAUGUCAACGAGUUGAAAGAAAUGGAGGGAGUGGUGAGUAGCACCGAUGCUUUGGCCUUGGAUAGUGAUUACAAUAAAAAAUAUGACGAACCGGAGGCGGUUAUGGUAGAAGUGGAGGAUCAUAUAGUAGAGACAGCUUCCCCUUUAAAGUUAUUACCACCCCUGGAUAAAAAGCAAACGCCCAUUUAUAAGUAUGAGGAAAAAGCUUGUAAAGAUUUUUGCAAUUCGAGGAAAAUACAAAGUUUUGAAUCUCAUACAAAUGUGGCGCCUUUAUUGAAUGUAUUGAAAAAUUCCGAAGAAUUACUAAAGUUAUUGAAACAAAAAUCCACGGAUAUUGCUGAAAAUGAAACGUUGCAUUUAUGUGAUAGCGUCCUGGCUUUAAUACGCAGCAGUUAUUCUUAUUACGCUGAUAAUCUAAUGAAACCUAAUGUUUUGAAUGCCAUAUCGGACGUACAAAAUGAACUGAGUCGUUUGAGGAAUUUGUGCGAAAAAAGUCCUCUAGAUGAAGCUUGCUGUCAAGAGAUUAUGGAGGAACGAAAUCUAGAAUAUAAUGAAGAAAUCCAGGGUUUACACGAAACCCUAGAAAUUCUCAAGCAAAAUAUACAAGGAGGGUAUCCACGUUUCUCUAAAGAUAUAGUGCCAGAUAUAAAUAUAAUAGCCGAUGAGGAAUUAUAUCUACCACCGAUAACUGCAACACCAACCGAAAACCGUUUCGACACACUCUCCACUACGCUAGAAGCAACCGAUGAGUUGAGUACUUCAAUGGUGGAGAACGAAAUUAAGCCGAAAACAUUUAGUAAUAGCAAUGGUAUUGGUGGUCUGCCAGGUGGUGCAAUGGGUGCCGCAAAUAUGAUGGGUGGAGCCAAAAAGAAAGUUCGUUUGCGUAAAAUGGGUUCGAGACAAAAUUCAAAAACCGAAAGUGAUAGCAGUGAUGAGGAUAAUCAUAGUAUUCUAGAAACACCACGGCGUUUAAAACGUAAAAAUUAUCGUCUCAAGCAAAGGUCCUUCGAUGAAGAUCCUAGUUCGGCCACCAUAGCAGAGGAUAUGGUUUAUGUUUUGAAAGUUAAACCCGGUCAGCCUAUACAACAGAUAUGUGAUACGACUAACCGAACUAUAGAGAGUGGUGUUCAGCAUAAUGCCACUUUUGCUCGACUGCCUUUGGCCACCUCGACUUCUUUACCCAAUGUAUUUGUGAAAACUAAAAGAAAAGUAUUUACUGCAGUGCAGGAACCCAUGGCUAUAGAUGGUGUGGCUGUUAUAGAGCAGGAAAUUCUACAUUCUCCCACUGAGACCAAUGCUAAAACCAAUAACCAAACGAAUAAAGAAAAACCUUUAAAUAACGAAAAAACUUCUAGUCUUACGGGUUCACAAAAGGAAGCAUUAAUAAGAGAUUUGGAAAUAGAACUCAAGCCACGUGUUCUAUUAGUGCACAAAUCCAUUAGUUUAGAUGAUGUACGUUCCGACAACAACUCUGAUGAUCUGCGCAAGACACGCAGUGUCCAAAGUUUAAAGCAAACAGCAGAAGCCAAGUCUGGCAAAAGCUCCACAGGUUUUCGCACACCCUUGGCUACAGACAGCUUUCGUUUGCUGAAUCGCACUCGAGAAAGUCCCUUAAAGUUAGACAACAUUACUCGAUUUCAAAAUAUGCUGCAAUAUCCCAAAAGCAAAAAAGAUCACUUAUACCGGAAAAAUAAUGAAAAAAGCUUUAGCGUUAAUCCAGUGCAUUUUAAAGGAGCCACUAUUAAGAGAAUUGAAAAUAAAAUUGCCAAAACACAUUCGGGGUCUUCGGUGGCAGAUUCAGAUUUUACAAAAUUUCUCUCUCCCGAUAAACUUGAUAAUACCGUACCACGCAUAGCUAGAAAAUGGGAACGCAAAUCUCUUACACCCACUACACAACAAAUCAAAUUCGAUUAUCCCACACCCACUAACUCGGAACCCACUAGUCCAGUAUUCGAACAAACCUGUAGACCCAUGACUCCAUUAAACGAACGAGCUUUACGCAUACAGAAAGCCAAAGAAGAAUUCCUACGUGAAAAACCCAGUCCCAUAGCGGUGGUUAAAUUAAGGGAAAAUUUUCGACGUUCCGAAAAUUGGGGCGAAAAACGUCAAAGUGAUUUAAGUUUGAGUUCUACUACAGCCGAUGAAAGUUCAGUGCAUUGUGAACUAGCCGAAUCGGAGGACAAUGAACUGCACAAAAGUCUAAGUGCCGAUACGAUAAGAGCCGAAUCGCCACCCACACAAUCGGACACUGGCACAGAUCAGGAUUUUGGUGGCAUUUAUGAUUCCAUACCACGACAAGUUACUAGAUCUGGUAAAAUUUCCAGCAAAUUAGGUUUUGCUACCCUGGCCUCCAAACUACGUAGAGUUAAGGGUAAAAAGGCCAACGAAUCGAAAAGAACGUUAGCUACCACGCAUACGAAUUCCAAUACCGCCAGUGGCAGUGCACUAUCGGCUCUAUGUCGUCAAAGUUUAUUCACCGACAUUCUCGUAGCUCCCCAAAUAGUUUCGACUGACACAGAGGUAAAAGCGUCCUCCACUUCACGUGAUAGUGUCAUGAAGUCUCAAUCGUCACCACACGCUUUGCAACGAAGUCCCAAAAAUGCUUCGGGUGAUUUGAGUCGUUUCAAUAACGAGCGUUUAAAUAAAUCUCAAAGUGAUCAAUAUGUUAAACGUCAUAAGGAAAGUUAUGUCUAGUCAAUGUAAAACUGUUUAAAUUUUAUAUUUAUUAAUUUAUUUACUUAUUACUACUAUUUAUUAUUAUUAUUUUCUAUGGAAAUGUGUAAUUUUAUGCCAAAGAAAGAAAUACUCGUAUUUACAACUAUUUAAUAUUUAUUUUAUUAUUUAUAUAGCGAACUAAUUUGCUUGGCCAAUUUUUUAUGUUAUUAAUUAUAUUUUUUUAUUGUAAAACAGUUUGCAAAAUGAAAACAAAACUGGAAAACAAAUACAUAUGUGUAUGUAUGUAUGUAUGUAUAUGUAAUUUUUUAAUAUCUCGAAAAUAAAAUUAACCUUUCAAAAUA